GAUAGGGAAACCACCUUUCUUUCCUCCUCCCUCUACACCUAGAGCAAAGGAGAGGAGGAGCAAAAGUCUCCGGCGUCAUCGUCAUCGCCGUUGUUUUCAUUAACAUUGUUGUUGUGGUGGUGGCGAUGGCGAUGGCGAUGGCGGACGACAAGCAUGUGUGCAUGAAGAUGCCGGACAUUAUGGACGACAUUUUGACCGUGUUUUUACAAAUACUAAUAAUCUUGAUCGUUUACCGGCUCAUAUAUUCCAUAAUCAAGCACUUGGGUCAGCCUCGUAUCGUCGCCCAAUUACUAGCAGGGGUGGUGCUCGGACGAGCAGGAUUUUCACGAUCCCACGGUUUCAGAGAAAUGGUAUUCCCGUACGACAAGGGGCCGAUGACAGGAAAGGCUUUGACGAUCGGACGGGGGUUGUUCAUGUUGCUGAUCGGCUUGGAGAUCGACAUUAACUACCUGAAAGGGACCAAAUACCGGUCGGGGAGGCUGAUUGGCGGUGGAUUCUUGUCGUGUUUGUUCCUGGUUCUUAUAUUCUACAAACAUGCAGGGGAGAUAUUUGAUGUCAAUGAUAAACCAAGAUUUGUGAUUUUGUUCCUCACUCUCAUCUUCUCCAGCUCCGCGUCUCCCAUCCUCAUACACACGACUACCGAAUUGAAGAUAGCCACAACGGAGGUGGGACGUAUGGCCAUUACCUCGUCCUUGAUCAACGACACAUUGUCAUUGGUUAUAGCUACCUUCUUUAGCAUAUUGAUGUCCUUAUUAUAUCCUCAAAAAUAUGACUCACCCUUCGUAGCAAAGCUGAUUGGCAUUCUGUUAUUGGGAGGCGGAACCUAUAUGAUACCGCCACUGACUCGGUGGCUAAACAGGCAGAACAAAUCAUACAAGGACCUGAGGUACGCUGAGGUGGCCACCAUCUUGACCUAUACAGGCACGAUCUACCUGAUGUUGGAAAAGUUAUUUCCAUUGAGCGGCAUGUUAGCUUCCUUUAUAUUCGGUUUAGUUAUGCCGAGGGAAGGGAAGGCAGUGCGUACUAUCAGGGCCAAGCUCACCUAUCCAGUUAACACCUUUAUCAUGCCACUCUAUUUCGCCAACAUGGGGAUCGAAGCCGAUCUGACGGCCUUAAGCCAACAGACGUGGAAGACGAGCCUCGCCAUCUUGUUUAUCCCCUUUGGGAAGAUUGCCGGCACUCUCGUGGCCGUCUGUUACGACGGGAUACGCUUGAAUGAGGGAUUGCUGCUCAGCCUCUUGUUGAUCGUUAAAGGUCAUGUUGACUUGGCUCUCAUUAAAAUUGGAUUUAAUCAAAAGGCAUGGAAUCAAAAAGGGUACGCUGCGUUGGUAUCAAUGGUCGUAAUCAUCUCCAUCGUCGUCUGCCCCUUAGUCACGGCCAUAGUAAGAAGCCAAAGAAGAUCCCCAACAUACAAAUACGCCGGCAUCGAGUGGCAACAGCCUGAUACUGAGCUCCGGGUACUCGCAUGCGUCCACAGCCCACCUGAGCUACCAACAAUGCUAAACCUCAUAGAGGCUUCAAAAGGGACCGACCGAUCGCCUCUCAUCGCCUUCUUGAUGCAACUAAUCGAGUUCACCAACACUGUCACCGUCACCACCCAAAUGUUCUACCACCAGCAAGAAGAUUUCGACGAGUUCCAGUACGGCCGUGAGGAUACUAUCCAUAUCAACAAUGCCAUUGACUGCUUCAAUCAAGAAUGCGACAUCACCAUCCAUCAGAUGUCCGCUGUGUCCGAAUUCAAAGACAUGCAUCAGGAUGUUUGCAAUGUGGCCCAGGAUAUCAGGACGGCCGUGAUCAUAGUCCCAUUCCAUCGGCGCCAGACCGUCACAGGUGAGAUGGACAAAGGGAAUGAUGGUAUCAGAUUGACUAAUAAGAAGCUACUCCGGCACGCAACAUGCACCGUUGGGAUCCUCGUCGACCGGGGUCUUGGUGGGAACACACAAAUAUUAGCCAUGAAUAUGUCGCACCAUGUUGCGGUCCUGUUUUUCAGUGGGCCCGACGAUCGUGAGGCGUUGGCAUUCGGUUGUCGUAUGGCCGAGCAUCCCAACGUGAGCCUGACCGUUAUCAGAUUCCAGCCAACCUCGGCCAGGGAUUACGAGACUGGGAUCGGGAUAGAGUCGUCCAAGCAAGAUGAGGUCCUCGUUUCCAUCUCCAAGCACGAGAGCGAGAUGGAUACUGAUAGAGCCUUCCUCGCGGAAGUCUACGACAGGUAUGUGAUGACCGGAAUAAUCUCAUACGUCGAGAAGUUUGUAGAGAAUGGAGCUGAAACAGUUUCGGGGUUGAGUGCUAUGGAAGGCAUGUUCUCAUUAUUUAUAGUGGGGAAGGGUGGCCGAGGACUCUCUCCAUUGACAAUGGGAAUAAGCGAAUGGGAGGAGUACCCUGAGCUCGGUGUAAUUGGUGAUCUAUUAGCUUCUUCCGACUUUACAGUAACUGGGUCGGUUUUGGUGAUCCAACAAUAUGGACACUCAAAGAAAAAUCGAAACAAGGACGAAUUCAAGGAAGAUUCUGACGACGAAUUUGCAGUGUAGUGGCAGUUUGGAAGUGCCCAAAUGAGGUUAUUGGCUGGACUUUUCCCUACUUUACCUCAGCCUCUCUCUCUCUCUCUCUCUCUCUCUCUCUCUCU